AUGAAAUUCAAUUUCAUCACUAUAGUCAAUAUUUUAUUUCUUCUGUUUUCCUCAAUCGAAGCCAAUAGCAACGGGGAAACAGUUAAACUUAUUACUUCCGACGGAAUUGUCUACAGUUAUGCUGUCUACACCAAAACUCUUGCGCCAGCAAGAGUUGUGGUUAAAACCAUUUCCUAUACUACUACCAGAGUAUAUCCAAUCACUUUAGCAAAUUCGGUUGUCUCUUCCACUACUGAAAAAAUAACAGAGAUCUCGACAGUAUCGGCUUCAGAACAAGUUAGUGCCACUCAGACAGAUUCAUUAGUUGCUUCUUCUAGUGUUCCCACUACUCUAUCGGCCUUUUCUAGUUCUUUGAUUUCUUCCACCUCCACAUCUUCUAUCGAAUCAUCCCAAAACAUUCAAUCGUCAAGUACGCCUGCUGGCACAGCAGAACCUUCUGCGUCCUCCAUUUCCACUCUUGUUCCAUCACCCCUCCCCUCCCAGUCUUCGGAAGCAUCUUUGAAAGCUUCUUCCUCUCCUGUGUCAUCAUCCUCCUCCUCCUUUUCCUCCUCGUUAUCUUUUUCUUCUCCAUCGCCAUCAUCAUCUUCUUUUUCCACUAUUAUAACAUUGGCGCCAUCCAGCUCAAAGUAUGAGAGCUCUCAAUCUACUUCAACAUUGUCGCUUUCUACUUCCUCUGUUGAAUCGUCCCAAACAGGAUCUACUGCAACAAGAACUACUCUGACACAAUCUUCCAUAACAGAUACAACCUCCGGGACAACAACAUCUAUGCCAUUUCAAUCUUCUUCUGCGCAGUCAAUAUCUGUCUCAAACUCAGAUGGCACUUGUUAUGUCUUUUACGAUGACGAUGAAUAUUAUAGUACUGUCUACUUAACUAGCCCAUCACAAUCUGUCGAUGCGGCCACCACUAUAACGAGCACAAAUACAAUCUAUGCCACUGUUAUCAUUUAG